CAUCAUGUGCCAUUACACAUUUAUACAUUUUAAUGAGAUCAGGCUGAGAAUAUCUGCCCUUCAUGUAAGACAGACACGCAAGAGUUUGUCCAGUGUGAAACCUCACAAACACCAGACCUACACAAGUGAUUAUGAUCUAAACACACACACACACACACACACACACACACACACACACACACACCCACACACACACACAAACACACACACACACACACACACACACACACACACACACACACAGAGAGAGAGAGACUGUCAGGUAUAUAAAACAGCCAAUUCUCUCAUCUUUUGGUUUGAGUCAACUCUCUAUGUGGCGGACUUCUCUGAUCUUUUGAUCUCCUCUCAUUGUUGCUCCUGAACUUCUACAACUUCAACUUCUGACAACAAGAAAGAACAAUAUUCUCAGUAUCUGCUCUUCACUAUAGACGGUUUUAACUGCGUUUGUAGAUGGCACCGCAGCCAGACCGAUAUACACAACACAGACCGGAAGUUAACUUAGGUCCAGGCGCGUGCGCCCGAUGAAACCGUCUAUAGAUCUACAAGAUCAUCUGAGGGAUCUGACUGAAUCAAGAUGCUGCUGAUCAUUGAAGCUCUUCUUCUCGUUUCAGCUGCUCUAGGAAAGGAUCACAGAGCUGCUGCUGUUGAAGGAGUGAUAUAUCCACUGGAUAUGGCACUGAAUUCAGUUGAUGAUCGAUAUGAGAAAUGUACAAAACAAAUGGCAAACCUGGUGGAGAACAAAUAUCUGAAGCAAGAAAUGUCUAACCCCGAAACUGGCUUUGGAAAUGCUUGGAAACUUGCUGAAAAGAAUCACAAGCCACCAGGAGAGAACUUGAAAAAGAAUCAUUUAAUCUCCAUUUAUGUGUACACUAACUCAAAAACAUCUGAUGUAUAUAAGAAGUUUAAUGCAGCUGAUCGUAAAGACAAGAAAGAAUAUGAAAACAAAACAUACAAAUGGUACUCACUUCACUUUCUGUUAACAGAUGCAGUACAGAUUCUGAAGAAAACACAAAAUACAUGCUAUGAUACUUAUCAUCGUACCAACGUUGAAUUUGAUAAGGAUGUUCUGAACAAAGAGGUUCGUUUUGGCUCAUUUACUUCAUCCUCUAAGAAUCGUGAGAGUACAUCAGAUUAUGGGUCUAAAUCUUGUUUUCAAAUCUACACUUGUCAAGGUGCUGAUAUUACAAAAUAUUCGAUGAUUUCUGAGGAGGAAGAAGUGCUGAUUCCUCCGUAUGAGACGUUUAAAGUCACUGCUGUCAAAAGAAGAACAGAUGAGCCUAAACUCUGGUGUGAAACUGUCUAUGUGUUGAAAAGCAUUGGAACAAAAAGUGACCUGAACUGUGCUCUAUUUAAGAAACAAUCCAAUACCAUAAGGCUUAAAUUCAAUCAAUGUAUUACAAUAAUGUACAUUUCUAUAUAGAUUGUGUUUUUCUCAGUUUUGUUAAAUACUUUUUUGUUAGAAAACACAUUUUGUUUACACAACUUCAGCAUAAUGAAAUAAAGUUACUUUUAUGUUACUCAAUUCAGUGGCCUUUAAGUGAUUUUGAUUGUUUUUUUGCUCAUAUUUACACAUUUUUGAUGAACAAUUUCACACUUGCUAUAUCAUAGCCACAAGUACAGCUUACAGAGAAAACAACAACAACAAAUUAAAUCAAAUAAAUAAACACAAAUUUUAUCAAUAAAAAAAAUAGCAUUUUGCUUCUUGAUGAAUUUAAUUUGUUUCAGUAAACUUAAACAUAAAUUCAAUCCACCUAAACACUUAAAAAUAAAAACUGGCUUAA